AUGAACAGGGAUGGAGCUGUGGAGAGAUCUGCGGCGACCUUCUUCCCUGCGGCGAACAUUUCUGCCCUCUCCCGUGUCACGAGGGCCUGUGUGGUGCCUGUGAAGUCAAGAUCGACGCCCGUUGCUAUUGCGGGAAAGUCCAAACCGAAAUGCUCUGCAGUUCCAAAGAAGAUGAAAUGGAAAGCCAAACUGUCAAUGCUGAUGGAACCGAGGAAGAAUGGACAGGGCUUUUCAGCUGUAAUGAUGUAUGCAAUCGGGCCUUUGACUGUGGCCUACACUCAUGCCAGAAGACCUGCCACCCUCAAGACUUGCUUCCUGCACAUUGCCCUAGAUCGCCCGACAUUGUUAUCCGAUGUCCAUGUGGCAAAACCAAGUUAA